AAGUAUAAAUGGAAGGAUACUAAUCUUUCGCCAGAUUUCUAAAACAUGAUGAUCUUAAAUAACUUUGAGUUGUGUUCAACAUUGAAUGGGCCCACUCGAACUUGGCUAGAUUAUAUAAUGAACCAGGCUACAAAUAGGGAUUGUCCAGCUCAAGUUCAUCUCAUUUAGACCCUUAUAAGGGUAGAGAUCUUGUUAGUAGAUAACUUCUAAAACUACUAACCAAAACACAAAUUUAACAAGACUUUACUUACCACCUAUGAAGCAACAGAAGAUAAACUAGUUUUCAUACUUCCCUCCAUCAUUAUACAACCAGCCUCAUCACUCACAAUGCAAUUGUUAGCAGUGGGACCUAGAUCACUAAGUCCCAUUCACCUAAAGCCUACUUAUAGACCUGGCUCUCCUUAAUUCAAGCAUUGUCCACACAAAUCCUGCUCCCAAAUCAGAACCUCUCCUAAGCUUAUCUUUUGACUGUAGCCUAGAUGGCUUCAGAUUUCCCUUUUUUCCCCUUUCGUUGCUGGGCUAUUUAGAGGUGCUCAUGUUUCCAUGAUCAAACCUAAUGUAGAGUCCUUCUUCUCGCAUUGGAUCCUUCAUCUCGCGUUGCCUUUUUUAAGACACCACCUCCUCUCCCCAUAUUUCUGCACAUCUCUAGGAAGACACCUUUUAUCUUUUAUCUAAACCAAAAUACCUCUCCUUUUGUUUCUGAAGGCCUCAAAUUCUAUACAGCGCCUCAAAAUGCUCUUCUGAGCCAGCUUUUUUGUAUGAGUAAUGCAAAUAAGCUCCUUUUGUAUCAAACUCCUUCCCCCGAGUGCUCUCUGCAAAGGUUGCUUCGCCCUUCCUUACAGAAUCGAGAGACUCCUCUUCAAAGUCCUCAAAGUCCCUUUUCUUUGGUUCUAACCUACAGGGGAUCUUGUCUUCAGCUUCCAUGGUCACUGUCAGCAUGGCCUCACCCUGCUUCAAUCCCAAUCUCACAAAUAAACCAUUCACCAUUGCAAGCAGCUCGAGCAAUCCCCGAGAUGACUCCUUCUCUUCAUACUACACUCUCAUCAGUAAGAACUUCCCACCAGAGCUCAGUAACUCCGCUCCGAGUGGCCUGUCCUUCCAAAUAAGCCUCGGUGCAGGGAGGCCAAGUGACGGCGAGAUAGAAAUCUUCGAUGCGAAGAAGUACUUCAAUGGACGAAUGGAUGGUGAUACAGAGCUACAACCUGAGAACAUACCAAAUACACCAACUAAUAAAGAAGAGAAGUCCAGUGUCAAAACCAAGUCAAGGACGAGGAGUAUUUGUUCGGAGGUGAGCGGAAACAGCCAGAGCACUCUGCUCCGAGACCUCCGAAAGUACCCUCUCCCCAGUGGGCAAAGGCCAGCCAAUACCAAGAGAUUAUUCCUCGGUGUUUUCCGGUGCUCUUGCUCUCGGAAGAAUGCCGUCGAGGUCGACCGGGAUGCUGGGUCCAAUACUAGCCCGACCAACUGCAAGAAGACUGCGCGUGGUAGGGAGGGUGGUGACCGCCGUCCGGCGAGCUGGGGAGGGGAGGAGCCCUUGGGAGGGGACCCGAGAAUGGAAAGGUUUGGUUUUGGGCUCAGAGAAGAGGCAAUUGCUUUCCCACUAAAUUUAAAUUUUGGGAUGCCAAAAGUGACCGUUGGAAGGGAUCUGAAAGAAGAGGGAAGGGUCGGGGGAGUUCCCAAGGGGUUCGUGUCUCCUUUUUUUCAGAAAGGUGAUAUAGGCUCCAGUCUUAGAAGGAGCUUGACCAUGACUCCAGUACUCAACCCCGCCGGCGGCGGCGGUGGCGGGAGUGACGACGACCUCGGCAGCGAGUCGAGCUCCGAGUUGUUCGAGAUCGAGAGCAUAUCAUUGAAUUCGCAUCCACUCUUCCCGACAAGGGGUUACGAGCCGAGCGAGGCGAGCAUCGAGUGGAGCGUCGUCACGGCCAGCGCCGCAAACUGCUCGGUGGCGUCGGAGUGCAACGACGACGGCCUGAGGGGCGGGAAGGCUCCGAGGCGGCAACGGCCGGGGCUGCUGUUGGGGUGCGUUAGCGAGAAGGCGGUGAAUGUGAACGCCGACGCCUAUAACUACAACGUGCGGGGGAGAGCGAGCCCUCCGGUGGCGAGGCAUCACGGGGAGAGCUGCGGGGUGAUGGACUUGGGGCCGGCUCGGGCUGGGCGGGCGCCCGGCCCGGGCGCCGUCUCGAGCGUGCGCGCGUCGCGGGCCCUCUACAUGCACUAGGGUUCCGACUGGGUGGCGGAGUUCGGUGCAGCAUGCUUUUUUUAUUAGAUAUUGGAGGUGGGAAAUGGGGUGACGAAUAAUUGUGAAGUUUUUAUGUACUCAAAAAUUAUGAAGCUUUUCUUUGGUUAUUGUGAAUGGUGUAAUGUUUUAUAUCAGUGAAGGUCUUCUAGAGCAGGACUCAUUUCGAUCUAAUGGGUGAAAGCUUGGUACUUGACUGUGUGUUGGUAUCGCUCCGAACAGAGUAUUAUUUUUUUGAGUGCAGCAAAUAGAGUAUUGGUUGCACGGGAGAACUAAAAAUGUAUCAGUUGGAUGUAUCUGUACCAAAAAAAAAAAAAAAACAAAUUGGGAUUUGGAUCCAGUCUUC